AUGUUUCUAACAGCAACCUUGAUCUUGCUAUUGCUUGAUAUUCGAAGCAUUUCUGCAAACCAAUGUUCCAUGAAGAGUUACGAAACGAUCAUAAGGGGAGGUCCCUCAUUGCCUUCAUGUGAGAUAAUAUCAAGACACAAUAUCACAUCUUCAGAUGUCGUGUUAGGAUGUCAUACUCACUGCAAAAACGAAAAAGAAUGUGUUGGGUUUAACUACAGAACAACAAAAAAUGUCGAAAAUUGCCAACUGACCAACGUUAAUAGAAAGAAAGAAGAAACGAAAACGGGAGACUGGAUAUUGAUGCGAGAUAUUGAGGCUGUACUGCAUUCUGAUGUUUGGAAGCUUGUGGCUCGUUUUUCAAAUCGUGACGGAGAAAAUUGGAUCAAAGAUGCCAAUUUCUGGUUUGACAAAACAUCACCUUACGGAAGUACAACGGAUCCUUUCCUGAACAAGGACAUGAUAUCCGAAGCUUUUUGGGAAAUACACGGAAAUGAAAUAAAAAUAACCAGAAGUGAUGAUCCAACACAUACAGCAUUGUUAGAAACAACCAACAACUGUCUCAACGGAAAAACAUUUCGACAGUUUAUAACUUGUUUUGGAAACUUUCGUAAUGGAGCUGUUUGGUCGAACAACAAAUGCCUGGGUAGUUGUGAGAUCAAAUAUGGCGGGUUAUAUCAGAGCACGACUGGAUUUGGGAUGCAUAAUUGCAGCAGUGAUAUUCAAAGAAAUAACUCCAUCGGCUUUUGGUGUAAUUGGGGUGCUGAUGGUGCAGUGAUGAUGAUUGGUGGAGGUGGAGAUGAUUGCCGCAGGGCGGAUCAUGGGAUUGGACUAACAGAAGAGGAUGAGGCAACGUUUGGAGGAUCUGAACCUUUUGUUGACUUUGGUGACGACUUAAAUCAUGACAGAAAUUACGAGGGAAAGGAAGUGCCAACAUCUUAUGCGCUAAAUUUGUGGAUACGCUGAA